CCCUCUAUUAUUUUGGUUGAAGCAUGGAAGAGAGAAGUGGCAAGGUGAUUACGCUUAGGAGUCGUUGCUUCAACAACAGCCUAGAGCCGGUUGAUAUCCACCCACCCCAAUCGUGCACAAGCCACGUCUUCCCAACCCCCAAUCAGUCACCGUAGUCCAUAAACACUUGACCGCUUCUCGCUUAGCUCACUGCAGACACACACACAGCCCAAAGGAGACAGCUAGCCAACUUCGAUGGAUCACUCCACCUCCCUGCUCCGGCUUAUCUUCCUCGCCCUCGGCGCCGCCCUCGUCCUCCUCCUCGUCCGCUCCGCCUUCCGCCUGCCACGCGGCAUCGACACACCGACCGCCUCUCUCUUUGACGAUGCCGGCGGCAGCAGCUGCACCCGGUUCACGCCGUGGGCGUGCCGCACGGGACGCCGGGCCGACCAGAAGCCGAAGCCGGCGUCGCACGAGGACGACGUGCCCUUGCACCCACUCGACCCGCUCACGGUCGCCGAGGUCAACCGCGCGCGCGAGCUCCUUCGCGCGCACCCGCCGUUCGCGUCGUCGCCGUCCUCGCUGUUCGUGCACUCGGUCGCGCUGGACGAGCCGGACAAGCCCGUCGUCCUGAGAUGGCGGAAGGGCACCGACCCGCUCCCCCCGCGCCGCGCCGUGGCGGUCGUCCGGUUCUGCGGCGAGGCCUACGUCCUAGCCGUCGACCUCGCCGGCGGCGCCGUGGCUCCUCUGCCUGUCCCCGCCUCCGGCUACCCGACGAUGACCAUGGACGAGCAGGUGUCCCUGUGUUGGGCGCCGUUCAGUGACCCGGCGUUCAACGCCACCAUCCGCCGCCGUGGCGUCAGGAUGUCGGACCUGGCAUGCCUGCCAAUCUCCCUGGGGUGGUACGGGCCCACCGAGGAGAACCGCCGGCUGAUCAAGAUCCAGUGCUUCUCCGCCGAGGGGACGGCCAACUUCUACAUGCGCCCUAUCGAGGGCCUCACCGUGCUGCUCGACAUGGACACCAAGGAGGUCAUCCAGAUCUCUGACCGCGGCGCCGGCAUCCCCAUCCCGGCCGCGGCGAACACCGAUUACCGGCACGCCCGCCACGCCAAAGACGGUGACCUAACUUCCACGAGGGGGCUCGGUUUCCAGAACGUGCGGGCGCCGUCAAUGGAACCGGCGCCGUCGGGCCCGGGAUUCGAGCUGGUGGACGGGCACACGGUGCGGUGGGGCGGGUGGGAGUUCCACCUCAAGGCGGACGCGCGCGCCGGCAUGGUGGUGUCGCGCGCGCGGGUGCAGGACCCGUCGACGGGCGCGCACAGGGAGGUGAUGUACAAGGGCAUGGCGUCGGAGCUCUUUGUGCCGUACAUGGACCCCACGGAGGCGUGGUACUUCAAGACGUACAUGGACGCCGGCGAGUAUGGCUUCGGGCUGCAGGCCAUGCCGCUGGUGCCACUCAACGACUGCCCCCGCCACGCGCGCUACGUCGACGGCGUCUUCGUCGCCGCCGACGGCCGGCCCUACGUGCGGGAGAACAUGAUCUGCGUCUUCGAGAGGUACGCCGGCGACAUCGCGUGGCGCCACUCCGAGAGCCCCAUCACCGGCAUGGACAUAAGGGAGUCGCGGCCGAAGGUGACGCUGGUGGCGCGAAUGGCUGCGUCCGUCGCUAACUACGAUUACAUCAUGGACUGGGAGUUCCAGAUGGACGGCCUCGUCCGCAUCAAGGUUGGGCUGAGUGGGAUCCUCAUGGUGAAGGGCACGCCCUACUCCCACAUGAACCAGGUCCGCCAGAACGAGGACAUGCACGGCACCCUCCUCUCCGAGAACGUCAUCGGAGUCAUCCACGACCACUACGUCACAUUCCGCCUCGACAUGGAUGUCGACGGCGCCGACAACUCCUUCGUCCGGGUCGAAAUGGCACGGCAGGAGACCGCGCCGGGCGAAUCACCCCGGCGGAGCUACAUCAAGGCCACCCGGCACGUCGCCCAGACCGAGAAGGACGCCCAGAUCCGCCUGAAGCUCUAUGAGCCGGCAGAGUUCCAUGUCGUCAACCCUACGAAGAAGACACGGGUCGGGAACCCGGUCGGAUACAAGGUUGUCCCUGCCGGCACUGCUGCUAGCGUGCUGGACCCAGAAGAUCCACCGCAGAAGAGGGGUGCUUUCACAAACAAUCAGAUAUGGGUGACACCCUACAACAAAAGCGAGGAAUGGGCCGGUGGUCUGUUCGUGUACCAGAGCAAAGGGGAGGACACACUGGCUACUUGGUCUGACAGGGACCGUCCGAUCGAGAACAAGGACCUGGUGCUGUGGUACACGCUAGGGUUCCACCACAUCCCGUGCCAAGAGGACUUCCCCAUCAUGCCCACCGUGUCCUCCAGCUUCGAUCUCAAGCCCGUCAACUUCUUCGGGAGCAACCCCAUCCUCAAGCAGCGGCCGACCGAGGAGAACCACCUGCCGGUCUGCGCCGCUCCCGCUGCCUGAUCGAGGCAUGUUUUAGUACAUGCAUCCAUCGAUUGGUCGUGGAAGCGUGUGCCUGUUACGGGCAACCGGGCGUUGGGGCUGGGCCAAUUUGGAGCCCCUUGUUGUGUGAUCCUUCGUCUUUUUUUAGUGGACUUGUUGUGUGAUCUUGCUUGCUAGUAUAUGGUGCAGUUACAUCAUCUCUGUUAUGUAUGGCCCAAUGUGAACUUCUAAUUAAUGCAUGGAGCAUAUCAGUUGUGAUAA